UGCCUGGCUCCUCUCUAUGGUCCAUUUGCCGUUGGCAGCCGCGCAGGGCCUCUCAAUGGUUGCUCUGGCCUUUCUGCAGCCGACUCCGUGGUCUACGGCUUGGCCGCUCUGGCCCCCCUAGAACGCGCUCUAUGACCCCGUUCGGGAGCCGAUGACACCGGGUUCCAAGGCUCAGUUACGGAAGCGGCUGCCCGGCGAGUAGGCAGCUGCGCGCGCAGCUCGGGCUCCAGACUCCGAGGAGAGCGCGGCGGUCGCCAUCGCUAGGGGGUCGCGGCCCCGGCCGUGUCCGGGCACCAUAGCGCCGCUGCGGCGAGGCCCUGUCCCGCUGCCGCGUCGGGCCGCGGGUCCGGUGCAUGGAGAGACGGGGAAGGAUGGACUGCCCUGCGCUGCCCCCCGGCUGGAAGAAGGAGGAGGUGAUCCGCAAGUCGGGCCUCAGCGCCGGCAAGAGCGAUGUCUACUACUUCAGUCCAAGUGGUAAGAAGUUCAGAAGCAAGCCUCAGUUGGCAAGAUACCUGGGAAACACUGUUGAUCUCAGCAGUUUUGACUUCAGAACGGGAAAGAUGAUGCCCAGUAAAUUACAGAAGAACAAACAGAGACUAAGGAAUGAUUCUCUCAAUCAAAAUAAGGGUAAACCAGACCUAAAUACGACACUACCAAUCAGACAAACAGCAUCCAUUUUCAAACAGCCAGUAACCAAAGUUACCAACCAUCCUAGCAAUAAAGUAAGAUCAGAUCCACAACGAGUGACUGAACAGCCACGACAGCUUUUCUGGGAGAAGAGGCUACAAGGCCUAAGUGCAUCUGAUGUAAGUGAACAAAUUAUAAAAUCCAUGGAGCUACCUAAAGGUCUUCAAGGAGUUGGCCCAGGCAACAAUGAUGAGACCCUCUUAUCUGCUGUCGCCAGUGCUUUGCACACCAGUUCUGCACCAAUCACAGGGCAACUCUCUGCUGCAGUGGAAAAGAACCCAGCAGUGUGGCUCAAUACAUCUCAGCCCCUUUGCAAAGCAUUCAUUGUUACGGAUGAGGACAUUAGAAAGCAAGAAGAACGGGUGCAACAGGUGCGUAAAAAACUGGAGGAGGCACUUAUGGCAGACAUCUUGUCGCGGGCUGCUGAUACAACAAAAGAUAUGGAUGUGGAAUUGGACAGUGGAGAUGAUGCAUAAGAAAAUGAUCAGGUACUUUAACUGACUUGUCCCAGGAGGAAUUUCC